AUGUCUAACUAAAAUGAUCAACAUUCAAAUGUGGAGGAACAUAUUCUUAAAUUAUAUGAUAUUCAUGAUUUUAAAGGUAAAGGUGCAUAUGGGAUUGUCUGGAAAGCUACUGAUAAAUAAACAAAACAAUAAGUAGCAUUAAAAAAGGUGUUUGAUGCAUUUUAAAACUCGACAGAUGCCUAGAGAACAUUUAGAGAAGUGUGUUUUUUAUAAUAAUUAACGGAACAUGAAAAUAUAGUUAAAUUAUUAAAAGUUAUACCAGCUGAAAACUAGAAAGAUUUAUAUAUGGUUUUUGAGUAUAUGGAGACUGAUUUACAUAAAGUGAUUAGAGCAGGAUUACUAAGACCUUUACAUAUGCAGUACAUAAUUUAUUAGUUGUUAAAAUGCUUGAAGUUCAUUCAUUCAGGAGAAUUGAUUCAUAGAGAUUUGAAGCCAUCAAAUUUAUUGAUAGAUUCGGAUUGCAAAGUGAAAGUUGCAGAUUUCGGAUUGGCUAGAAGUGUGGGGAAAUCAGAAAAUUUGAAUGAAUUACCAAUAAUGACUGAGUACGUAGCAACAAGAUGGUACAGAGCUCCUGAAAUUUUAUUAGGGUCCCAUUCUUAUUCAAAAUCUGUUGAUAUGUGGAGUGUUGGAUGUAUUCUUGGAGAAAUGAUCUUAGGAAAAGCUAUAUUUUCAGGAGCAUCCACUUUGAAUUAAAUUGAGAAGAUCAUCGAAUUAAUUGGAAGGCCAAAAUAAGAGGAUUUAGAACAAAUGAAUGCACCCUUAGCUUCACAAGUUUUAGAUGGAAUAUCAAUGUAAAAACGAAAGAGUUUUGCUGGAUUCUUCCCUAAUGCUACUCCUGAUUUUAUUGAUUUUAUAAGACAAUGUCUUGAUUGGAAUCCAUUAAAAAGAAUGAAGAUAGAAGAAGCAUUAAAACAUUAAAUAAUGAUGGAAUUUGCAAAUACUGAAGAAGAGAAAACUUUGAAAUAAAAUAUUAAGAUCCCUUUUAAUGAAAACAAAAAGUUAACUAUCAAAGAUUAUAGAGAUAAAAUUACCUUAAAUUGUGAAUAAAUUCUUCAAGAGAUUCAAUAAAAUAUAUUUGACAAAAACCAAGGAAAAUAAUUUAUCUCGACUCCUCAAAGUUUUUCAACUUAUAUGUCACAACAUGAUAAUAAGAACAAACAAAAUGUAUCAACUCAUCAGUUCUCUCAACCUGUUGAAAAGCCCAAGAGAAUAGAUUAAUCUUUUAAAUAUGAGGGAUAAUCAGUUAAAUAUGAGGGAUCAAACGAUAAAAUAAACAUCAUUCUCCUUAACCCAAAUAAACUAUGCCAUCAAACCCUUAAAACAUCACUUAUGGUUAGCUCCAAUAAAGGUUUUCAUCCAAUUAGGAACCCAAUAUCAAAAUAUAAAUUCUAGUAUGAAGAAAACGUCCACUCAUAGGUAAGGGGUAAUUGUGAUGUGAGUAAGAGUCCAGAUAUAAAGAAAAAAACAGAAAGUAGUAUAACUAACGUUACAAAAUCUUAUUCCUCUUAUGGCGAACCUUAUGAUAAAAGAAGUAACAAUUCAAGUUUCAUUACUUAAAAUAAAAGUGAAAACAAACAAAAUACAUCUGGUUGUUAUGCUAGACCUAUAUAAGUUUAAUAAUCGUCUAAUUAUGCUACUGCUCAAAGUUUUUCAUAGUAAAAAGAUUAGUUUAAAAAUAAAGAACCUGUUUUGAUUAAUUAAGCUUAAAGAAGUAAAUCUUUUGAAAAAUCACCUUUAAACAUCAAUCCAACGAGUCCUUAUCAAAGAUAGAAAACAGAAGCAUCGAAACCAAAAUUUAUUCCUUAAAACAAUCUCACUAACAAUAUUGCCUAAGUUUAGAAGCUGUUAUAAAAAUGUUGUUAAGUUUAAAAUUACUAAUCACAUAAAAAGACAACUAGUUUUAUAGAUCCAUAAAAAUUUUAAGCCCAAUAAACUAUAAAUUUUAACUAUUAUGAUGCUAGAAAUACCAAAUUUAUCUGA